AUGAGUGCGCAGGCCGAGUCACCGCCUACGCAAGGCCUAAAUCGUGCGACCAAAGAUAUAUUGUUUGGAUCGGUAGCUGGCAUGGUCAGCAAGGUGUUUGAGCACCCCUUUGAUCUUGUAAAAGUACGACUACAAACACAGCCACACGAGAAACCCCAUUAUACCGGAGCAUUGGAUUGUUUUCGGAAAACGAUCCAACAUGAGGGAUUUCGUGGUCUCUUUCGCGGCGUAUCCAUGCCCUUAUGGGGCGCGACGCUCGAAGAUGCAGCGCUCUUUUUCACAUACAACCAAGUCCAGCAAGCAUUGCGGUGGUCUAGAAACCUUUCAGAGUCCGCCUCUCUGCCCAUGUCCGAUCUGGCGAUAGCUGCCGCUGCGUCUGGUGCGAUGGCGGGGCUCGUUCUGACUCCGAUCGAGCUAAUUAAAUGCAAGAUGCAAGUUCAGAUGAUGGGCGCUGUACACCAGGCAUCCACCCCGGCGACGACCAACGCUCUCGGUCUGAUUUCCAAUACGAUUCGCAAAGAAGGCGUGGCAGGCUUGUGGCAUGGCCUAUCUGGCACGCUUCUUCGCGAAGUGGGUGGUGGCAUCGCAUGGUUUCUUACGUUUGAGUUCGCCUCGCAGGAGUUUCUGCGCAGGCGCCACUCUCAAGCGCCGCUCACUAAAUCAGACCUGAGCAGCUUGGAACUGGCAACGAGUGGCGCACUCGCUGGCAUCUGCUACAAUGUGAGCUUGUUCCCUGCUGAUAGUGUUAAAUCAGCAAUGCAGACCGAGCAUGAGCUGCGCGCGCAAGCGGGACUCGCCAAAGCCACACCGACCGGAUUUCUCCAGACGCUGCUUAACAUAUAUCAGACGCGAGGCAUCCGCGGCCUCUAUGCGGGCGUGGGUGUGACUUGCCUACGGAGUGCGCCUAGCAGUGCUAUUGUAUUCCUUGUGUAUAACAAACUGGAGCAGGCCGCCGAACGUGUGGGCUGGUGA